AUGCCUCAUAAAUCAGUUAGAAGAACUCUAGGUUUUACCCCACACGACCUUUACAGGGAAUACUGGCACCCCGAUCGCGACAACAUUUUCCGCGAGAAAUGCAAAGUCCUCUGCAGGGAGCAGAAAAUUCUGAUAUGUGAGCUUCUGGACAGCGCCCCGUCCUCGUCCGCUCGAAACGCAUCUACCUCGUCAUCCACCUCUCCUCCCAAAUGGCUCUCUUUCUCCACCAUACGGCGCUUGUUCAAGGAGAGGACACGUACCUGCAGUGUCCAGACCGCAUCCUCUAAAGGACACCAACAACCUAACGAGGACCAACGGUACAAGAUUAUCGGCAAAAUCCACCCGGAUGACAAGUCUACUGGCGUCUUCAAAGGCGUGCCCGCAGCUCUAAUGGCUCUCGAGUCUCCAGCUCAAUGUCCCCCCGGACUAAUCCUUGACGUGCGAAACUAUCUCGCAGAGCGUCCGCACGGGAAAGAAUGGAGGAUCAGGGGAGCCUUGCCAAAGUCUGGACAAGCGCCUUCAAUCACCACCAGAACUGACAGAGGUCAGCCAUUGCAUUCUCGAGAGGCCGCAACCGCCAAGGACUCAUUGCCUCAGAUUGCCGACUCAUCUGAUGCCCGUGAUCAGCGCCGCUUCGUUCUCCUUGAGCACCGCGUCAGAUGUAAUUGCGAGGAAUCGUUUCACCCUCGUCACCGUCUUCGGAUCUUUUACAAGCCAGGGUAUACGCCUGACCCACAAAAGAUUGCCGAGGCGAAAAAGAGGGCUGAGAGGAAUCGCGAUGUCGAUUGGGUGGUGACUUCUGCUGCCACAAACGCCGCCGUUUGCAGUGCAGCAGUUGCCGUGUGUGCAGCAGGUUGUUGA